UGCGCGCCCGAUAUGCGCGCGCCAUUAUUAUUGUUUAGCGUGUUUACCAGAUCUAUGUAAUGUCCGAAAUGAAGUGAGUAAUGCGUACAUAAUUUCAUAAGUGUCUAAAAAGUGUUGAUAACUGAAGUAAAUACAUGUAUUUAUAACCCCUCAAUAUGGAUAACUACAAUAAUAUAAUAAACCAGCAAUAUGGAAACAUUGUAUACAGCAAUAACAUGAUGCAAACAAAUAUGCCGAUGCAACAGAAUCCGUCGGAGAAUAUACAACACAUACAAAAUGAUACAAGGUUGCCCCCGAAUCUAAUGGACGCUCGAGGUAUGCAAAUUGAUAAUACUAAUUUGACAAGUGACAGUAGUAUGAGAAUUGCAGAUAACAGAGUUCAAAAUGCAUAUAUACCCAGCGGCGGCAAUACUGGUUAUAAUACAAAUUAUGUUGCGAAUAUGUCAACAAACGCCAAUGAUAUGCAUAUGAAUAUACCCGACCCAAAGAUUCAUGAAAGCAAUAUCCAUCCAUAUGAAGAUAAAUAUAAACAACUGGCUUCUGAGCCUAUUAUGACACCACAAGUUUAUGAGCCUGUAAUGCAACCAGAAUCCAAUACUGAUGUACCUCCAGAGCCUACAGUAACUGACAUAAAUGAAGAUUUUAAAUCGAACGAAGAAAAACCUGAAGAUAAAGUUGAUGUGGCAAAUGAGGCAGACGAGGCAGAUGAAACUCUUCCUGAAGUUGAGAAAAAGGACGAUGAAAGAGAGAUUGACGAGGAAAAAUCACUUGAAGAAGAUAAGGAUUUAUCAUCUUCAAACGCUGAUGUUGAAAUGAAUAUUAAUGUUGAUGAAAAAAAGAAGGAUUUGGAGAAUAAUGAUGAAAAAGAAGAAACAUUGGAGAAAAAUGUUGCUAGUGAUGAAGUAAAAACUGAUGAUAUACCAUCUGAAAUACCUGCAGAAACAGAUGAAUUAUUACAUAAAAAAGAUGAAAUAUCAGAAUCUGAUACCAAAUCUGUCGCUGAUAUUAAACCUAUUGAAGAAGACUACAACACAACAUGUCGAGUAUGUCUAAAGACCGGUCUGAGCGAUCUUAUCGACAUGUGUGAUCAAGAUGGUGUGCUAAAGAUCUUAGAUAAAAUUAUGCUAUGUGCUUCAGUACAAAUCACCAAAAAUGAUGGGUUACCUUGUCACAUAUGUAAUUCUUGUGUAAAUAAAUUACACAUUGCUUAUGAUUUUAAAAUCACUUGUGAGUCUUCAGAUGUUGAGUUAAGAAAAAGACUCAACAUAGCUGUUCCGAAAACUGUAGUGAAGACUGAGUUUGUUCUGAUUGAAUGUGAUGACCAAGAUUAUGAUCUUGAGGUAAGCGAUAGUGAGAAGCCAAGAGCAAAGCGGAGAUAUAAAGAAGAAAGCGAUAUUGAUUUUUUGAGUGAUUCUCAAGAGGAUAGUGGGAGUGAUUCAUCAUAUGGAGUAAACAAACCAAAGUCGAAAAGAAAAUCCAAGAGAAGGACACGAUCGGCUUCAAAGCGUCAAUUGCCCAAACGUGAGAGACGUUCAAAAGAAUGGAAAGAUUCUCCUAUUACAUCCACCCCAGAGGUGUCCCGUAAACGUACAAAAUAUGUCGUUGAUCCUGAUGAUGAUAAACCUUUGAUAACUAUCAAGAAAGUUAAACAACCUGAAGAUAAAGCUUCAAAGCACGCUUGCACUAUUUGCAAUAAGACAUUUCCCUAUCUCAGUUUCUUGAAACAACAUAUGUUAACACACCAGGAUAAAGACCCAAUAAUUAAAUGUAAAUACUGCACAGCUAAAUUUACUACACAGGAAGAAUAUAAGCAACAUACAUUAGACUAUCAUGCUGAAGAUAUGGAUGAGGAUUAUCCUAUAUUACCAAGGAAAAGUUAUAAAAAGUCUAUAAGCAAAACAGAUUCUGGUGCUGAAGAGGAAAAGGAGAAAGAGCGCACUCCACGAGAGCGAAAUAAACAUCACAAAUGCCCAUAUUGUGAAGUAGUAUGCAAAUCAGCUAUGAAGCUUAAAGAACAUAAACGGACACAUGUUGGAGAAAAACCUUUUGUUUGCCACAUUUGUCAAAAACCAUUCAAACAAACUGUGUCCUUGGAGUCUCAUAUCAGGAGGCAUGCUGAAGAUAAGUCUUUGCAAUGUGAUCAUUGCCAAAAAAUUUGUGCUUCAAAGUCUGAUCUCAAUAGGCACAUUAAAACAGAUCAUAGCGAUGUAAAACAUUUUGAAUGCGCAAUUUGCAAUAAAGAAUUUCCUACCAAACUAAAGCUUGACAAACAUGUGUUGAAACAUGAAAAGGAAGAUGAAGAAUUAUCUCAGACAUCAAAGGAAGGUAAAGAAAAGAAAAUACCUUCUACAAAGGAUUUAUUCAAAAGCAUAGCACCUAUCACUUCUACAUACUGGUCUGAUUCAUAUUCAGAUUAAAAAUUAUUUUCAUUUACUUGGUGAAUCACCACUGACUAUUGGAAAUAAAUAGUGAUUCAAUUAUUCAUGUGAUUUACACAAUUAAAAAAUGAGUUUAACAAAAUAUUUUUACUUUAUUUGUGAGUUGUAGAUUGAUUUUAAAUUAUUUUAACAAAUUUGAGUC